GUGCGGGGGGCAGGCAGCGGGCAGUUCUCGCGUCACUUGGUUUGGAGUCGCGGGUGCGCGCGUGGGAGCGGUGGGUGCGCUGCGGGGGCUGCCGGGAGCGCGCUCGGGCCCGGGGCUGAGCCAGCGGCGACGCUCGCAUCUCCACCUUGCUGAGACACUGGUCGCUGCUUUCUUUACAGCAAGGAAAAUCUGAAUUCCUCCAACAGUCAGGAUGGGGAAAGAUUACUAUUCUAUCCUGGGAAUUGAAAAAGGGGCUUCUGACGAGGAUAUUAAAAAGGCUUACAGAAAACAAGCACUGAAAUGGCAUCCAGAUAAGAACAAAUCUCCCCAUGCAGAAGAAAAAUUCAAAGAGGUUGCAGAAGCUUAUGAAGUGCUAAGUGAUCCCAAAAAGAGAGACAUUUAUGAUCAGUUUGGGGAGGAAGGUCUUAAAGGAGGAGCUGGAGGAUCUGAUGGCCAGGGUGGUACCUUUCGAUAUUCCUUCCAUGGCGACCCACAUGCUACAUUUGCAGCUUUCUUUGGUGGCACAAAUCCUUUUGAGAUCUUCUUUGGGAGGAGGAUGCCUGGUGGCAGAGACACUGAAGACAUGGAGGUGGAUGGUGAUCCGUUUGGAUCCUUCACUAGUUUUAGUAUGAAUGGUUUUCCAAGGGAAAGGAAUACAGUUGGCAGCCAAGUACGUCGUAAACAAGAUCCCCCUGUAAUCCAUGAACUUAAAGUGUCACUGGAAGAGAUCUAUCAUGGCUGCACAAAAAGAAUGAGGAUUUCACGUAAAAGGCUUAACCCAGAUGGCAGAAGUGUCCGAACAGAGGACAAAAUACUUACUAUUGAGAUCAAAAGAGGAUGGAAAGAAGGCACCAAAAUCACUUUUCCGAAAGAAGGCGAUGAAACACCCAACACAAUUCCAGCUGAUAUUGUUUUUAUCAUUAAAGAUAAACCUCACUCUCAUUUCAAGAGAGAUGGAUCAAAUAUUAUCUAUCCUGUUAAGAUCAGCUUAAGGGAGGCUUUGUGUGGCAGCUCUUUCAAUGUGCCAACGAUAGAAGGAAGAACCAUACCCAUGACAGUCAAUGAAGUGGUAAAGCCUGGGAUGAGAAGAAGAAUUAUAGGCUAUGGUUUGCCAUUUCCCAAAAAUCCUGACCAGCGUGGAGACUUAAUUAUAGAGUUUGAAGUAAUUUUCCCAGAUAACAUUUCUCCAGCAUCAAAAGAAGUACUUAGGCGAAAUCUUCCAGUUUCAUAAAAUGGAAGACUGUAUGUCAACAGAUUAAAAUAGGACACUGGAAAUGCAGAAGACUGGCGAGUCUGUGCUUUAAAAGUGCAAUCUGUAACAUCUAGUGGAAUCUUUUGUUUUUUUUUUUGUUUUGUGGGAUGGGUGGGGGGAAAUACUGUAAUGCUGCAUGAGAAGAAAAGGGUUUAAGUAGAAGUCAUACAGGUGAAUUCUGCAGUAAAAAUUACAGGGAAAACCACUCAUUUUGUUUUACAUCUUCCUAAUCAGCAAAGUUUAGUCAUUAUUUUGCUUAAUAUAAUUACAGUAAUUUUUUUACAAAGUCGGUGCAUAUUUCUGAUACAGUACUUGAGCCUCCAAGUACAUUAUUUCUUAUAUCCUCACUGUCUAUAACAUUACACAUUUAUUCAGAAAUUUAAGAUUGUAGUAGAAAUACACAAAGGUAUAAAUAUUUAGAGAGCAAAACAUGAGAGAGAUCAUGUAUGUUGCCUUCCACUGCACAAAGCAUAGGCCAG